AUGCUGUCGUUACGCAGCUUGGCCCUCCUGGGUCUAGCUGCCAGCGCCCUUGCUGAACAGCCCAAGGUCCUACACAUGCCAAUGGCCCGCAAUCCGAAUGCCAACCGUCUGGCCAAACGCGGCUCUGCUUCCGUCGGUGUCACAAAUGCUGUGAGCGAAGGUCUCUACUACGUCAACGCUUCCGUCGGAACGCCCGGUCAAAAGGUGCAAUUAGUCUUGGAUACGGGUAGCAGUGAUAUCUGGUUUUUUGGCCCUCAUUCGUGCGACGCGAAGACUACCGAAUGUUUGGGCGGAAUAUAUAAUCCCGUUAAUUCUUCGACGGUCAAGACAUACCAGCCCAUGGGCACCUUUUCUAUUCAAUAUGGAACCCCGAACUCGAACGUCACCGGAAAUUAUAUCACAGAUGCUUUCAGCGUCGGCGAGGCGAGCGUGAAGAACCUCACUAUGGCAUAUGCGACCUAUGCCGCUUAUGUUCCCACCGGUGUGAUGGGGAUUGGGUUCGAUACCAACGAGGCUAUCGUAGGACGGGGCGGCAGAGCGUAUCCGAACUUUAUUGAUGUGCUAGUAUCGCAGAAUGUCAUCGAUACCAAAGCGUAUAGUUUGUGGUUAAAUGAUUUAGAUUCAAGCUCUGGAAGCUGCCUGUUCGGUGGUUACGAUACCAAGAAAUUCACCGGCGAGCUCUUGACGAUUGAUAUGCAACCCGAUGAGCAGUCGGGUCAGUUCAACAGUAUGACUGUCGCAUGGACUGGUCUCUCUAUAACAACCGCCCAUGGAACCCAAAAUGUCACUUCUUCCUCGUUCGCAUCCCCGGCAUUGCUCGACUCGGGUACCACAUUAUCCAUUAUUCCUAAUGACAUCUACGAGGAACUACUUCAAUUCUUCCAAGCCCAACAAGACCAACAGGGGGACGCUAUCGUCGAUUGUGGACUUCUUGACUCAGCUGAGGGUUCUCUUGACUUUACGUUUGGUGGCGCCAACGGUCCGGUUAUCAAAGUCCCUUUCUCAGAAUUCGCGCUACCUGCAAUUGGCACCGACGGCUCGUGGUUGACCUUCCAGGACGGUUCAUUGGCAUGUGUUCUCGGUCUUCAAGGGACCGGAUCACAAGCUUCAUCACAGUUGCCCGUUAUCCUCGGCGAUACAUUUCUUCGUUCAGCCUAUGUGGUAUAUGAUCUCGAAAACAAGCAGAUCUCCCUAGCACAGACCGUCUUCAAUGCGACGGACAGCAACGUCGUUGAAAUCACCUCCGCCAGUCCCGUUGCAAGUGUCGUCACAGGCGCAGUGGUCACGCAGACUGCAACUGGCAAUCCCAACGAAUUCGGCGGACCUACUGCUACUGUAGCGACUGGCUCUUCUCCUACCGGUUCGAGUGGUUCGGGUGGAUUUGGCGGUUCAGAUACUGCGGGGACCCUUACCGUCUCUCUCCCGAGCGUCACCCACCACGCAGCGACAUCCACGUCAACAUCUAGUUCAAAAAAUGCCGCCAAUAUCGCUCCUACUCCAGACUUCAUGAGCACCGCUCUCAUUGCUGGGGCAUCUAUGCUACUUGGAGGUGCUUUUUUUGUCCUUCAUUAG